CUUGCAAGGUGUGUUACUCUUUGGCACCCAAAACCCCCAAAACCAAUAGCCGUACAUUUUGCAGAACAGACGUUGCAGCUUCGCCAUUAGUCAGUAACUCAACAUCUAUGGAUUCUCGCUGUUGUUGUCCUGCUUCUGUGGCUGUCGCUUUUCUGUUUCUUGCGACUAUUGCUUUUGCUGUUCGUAUAAUCACUAGCAAAAUUCCAGAAAAGCUUGAGAAGAAGAAGAGGAGGCACCAUCCAAUUGGUGGCACCAUGCUCAACCAGCUGAUUAAUUUCAAUAGGUUGCACCAUUAUAUGACUGAGUUGGCUACAAAGUACAAGACUUACAGAUUGAUCAGCCCUUUUCGUAAUGAAGUUUAUACUUCUGAUCCAGCUAAUGUUGAGUAUAUCCUCAAAACAAACUUUGAAAAUUAUGGCAAGGGACUGUACAAUUAUACCAUAUUGAAGGACCUAUUAGGAGAUGGCAUAUUUACAGUUGAUGGUGACAAAUGGCGGGAACAAAGAAAGAUAUCAAGCUUUGAAUUCUCCACAAGGGUAUUGAGGGAUUUUAGCAGUGUCAUCUUCAGAAGAAAUGUGGCAAAGCUAGCAAACAUAAUCCGUGAAGCUACAAAUUCUAAUCAAACAUUUGACAUUCAAGAUCUCUUCAUGAAAGCAACAUUAGAUUCUAUAUUCAGAGUUGCAUUUGGGGUUGAGCUGGACAGCAUGUGUGGUUCAAAUGAAGAAGGCAAAAAGUUUAGCAAUGCAUUUGAUGAUGCAAGUGCUAUGAGUCUUAGACGAUAUGUUGAUAUCUUUUGGAAGAUCAAAAAAGCGCUUAAUAUUGGAACAGAGGCCAAGUUGAAGGAAAAAAUCAGAGUGGUUGAUGAUUUUGUGUAUAAGUUGAUUCGUAGUAAGACUGAGCAAAUGCACGAAUCAUCGGAUGAUUGUUCUUGGAAAAAGGAGGACAUUUUGUCAAGAUUCUUGCAAGUGACCGAAACAGAUUCAAAGUACUUGAGAGAUAUAAUACUAAAUUUCAUAAUUGCAGGCAAAGACACGACAGCAGCCACUCUUUCCUGGUUUAUUUAUAUGCUUUGCAGGCACCCAGAUAUACAGGAGAAGGUUGCACGAGAAAUAAAAGAAGAAACUAAUGGUCAUAAGACGACAGAUAUUGCAGAAUACACUUCCGAAUUGAGUGAAGAAGCCCUAGAAAAGAUGCACUAUCUUCAUGCAGCAUUGACUGAGACUUUAAGAUUGUAUCCUGCAGUUCCAGUGGAUGCAAAAAUAUGCUCGUCAGAUGACAUACUGCCGGAUGGUUUCUCUGUGAAGAAAGGAGACAUGGUGGCUUUCCAACCAUAUGCAAUGGGGAGAAUGAAAUUCAUAUGGGGUGAUGAUGCUAAAGAAUUUAGACCAGAGAGAUGGCUUGACGUGAAUGGUUGCUUCCGGCCUGAGAGCCCAUUUAAAUUUACAGCCUUCCAGGCGGGCCCACGAAUUUGUCUGGGAAAGGAAUUUGCUUAUAGGCAAAUGAAGAUCUUUGCUGCUGUUCUAUCGCGAUUCUUCGUCUUUAAACUGGGUGAUGAGAGGAAGGCUGUGAACUAUAGGACAAUGAUUAACCUUCACAUUGAUGGGGGACUACAUGUUCGUGCCUUCUACAGAUUAGGCUGCUAGGACAGAUAUACUUCAGAUCGUUAAUAUUGGAAUCGACAAACUCCACUGAUAUGGCUUCUAGGACCACUAUAUCUGUGUGUGUGUGUGUGUGUGUGUCAGAUUGUCAAUCUUCCGAUUGACAAAAACUCCACGUUUGUGCAUCAGAACUAUGAAAGCUUGCAAAAGAUCUGUUCCCUUUAGAUCGCAGGCUUUGCACUUCCUGGAUGAAAGGGAAAGCUUGAAAGUGGAAAUAAUUUCAAGUAGUUUGCAAAAUACGGACAAAUGUUUUAUUGGUAUAAGAUCUGUUUCUACUCCA